CCCGCAUCCUUCACAACAGUGGGGUGACUGUCACGGAAGAUAAAAUCAAUGCCCUCAUUAAGGCAGCCGAUGUCAACGUUGAACCUUUCUGGCCUGGCCCUUUUGCAGAGGCCCUGGCAGAUGUCAACAUUGGGAGCCUCAUCUGCAAUGAAGCCUGGAAACAUGCAAUCGAGAAGGCCAAGCACAUGCCUGACCCCUGGGCUGAGUUCCACCUUGAAGACAUUGCCACAGAACGUGCCACGCGUCACAGGUACAAUGCUGUCACAGAGGAGUGGCUGCAAGAUGAAGUUUUCAUCAAGAUGGCAUCACAGCCCUUCGGCCGUGGAGCAAUGAGAGAAUGCUUUAGGACGAAGAAGCUCUCCAACUUCCUGCACACCCAGCAGUGGAAGGCAGCUUCCAACUACGUGGCAAAGCGCUACAUUGAGCCUGUGGACAGGGCCGUGUACUUUGAAGAUGUGCGCCUGCAGAUGGAAGCCAAGCUCUGGGGGGAGGAAUACAACCGCCACAAGCCCCCCAAGCAGGUGGACAUCAUGCAGAUGUGCAUCAUUGAGCUGAAGGAGAGGCCGGACAAGCCCCUUUUCCACCUGGAACACUACAUCGAGGGCAAGUACAUCAAAUACAACUCCAACUCCGGCUUUGUCCGUGAUGACAACAUUCGCCUGACGCCGCAGGCCUUCAGCCACUUCACGUUUGAGCGCUCGGGCCAUCAGCUGAUUGUGGUGGACAUCCAGGGUGUGGGCGACCUCUACACUGACCCGCAGAUCCACACCGAGAUAGGCACUGACUUUGGAGACGGCAACCUAGGUGUCCGUGGGAUGGCGCUCUUCUUCUACUCCCAUGCCUGCAACCGCAUCUGCAGGAGCAUGGGGCUCGAACCUUUCGACCUGUCGCCAAAGGAGAGGGACACUGUGAACCAGAACACCAAGCUGCUGCAGUCAGCCAAGACCAUCUUGAGGGGGACAGAGGAGAAAUGUGGGAGCCCCCGAGUGAGGACCUUCUCCGGGAGCCGGCCCCCGCUGCUCCGUCGGCUUUCCGAGAACUCGGGAGACGAGAACAUGAGCGAUGUGACCUUUGACUCUCUGCCUUCCUCGCCCUCUUCGGCCACUCCACACAGCCACAAACUGGAGCACCUCCGCCCUCAGGUUUGUGUGGAAAAGUGGAAUCUGGUCAACUCCUCCCGCCGCCACCUGCCAAGGGCUUCGGCCGUGGCCUUGGAAGUGCAAAGGCUUAAUGCUCUGGACCUUGAAAAGAAAAUCGGGAAGUCCAUUUUGGGGAAGGUCCAUCUGGCCAUGGUGCGGUAUCACGAGGGCGGGCGCUUCUGCGAGAAGGAUGAGGAAUGGGACCGCGAGUCAGCCAUCUUCCACCUGGAACACGCGGCCGACCUGGGCGAGCUGGAGGCCAUUGUGGGCCUGGGGCUCAUGUACUCGCAGCUGCCACACCACAUCCUGGCCAGCAUCUCUCUGAAGGAGACGGAAGAGAAUAAAACGAAGGGAUUUGAUUACUUGCUGAAGGCAGCAGAAGCUGGUGACAGACAAUCUAUGAUCCUGGUGGCGCGGGCUUUUGACUCGGGUUGGAACCUCGGUCCAGACAGGUACAGCAGCACUGCGGUCCAG